UCUCUUGGCCCUCUUGGUUCUUCACUCCUUGUCAUGCAAGCAAAGCAUAAGCAAAACAAGCGCCAACUCAUCAAUUUCCUCACCAUUUUUGAUGGAGGGAAACUGAAGGAGAGCCCACUUUUCGUCCGCAUCGUCUCCAACAGCCCAACUCGGCUACAACAGCCAGCCAGCCAAGCAGCUCGCAUCAGCCUAUUUAAUUCCCUGUGCUGCCUUGCAGAGCUUUUUUACAAGCGUGCCCCCACACCACACCACCCCGCUCCUCCUCCCUCUCCCUGUAAAAUCCGGCCGCUUUUCACCUCCCUUCCCCUUCCUUCCUCCUCCGCUUCAGCAGACCCCCCACCUGAUAAGAGCGAGCCGGACUGCUCCUGUCCUGCGAUCCGUCGCGCACGCCAUGGACGCCUGGGAGGCCACCAAGGUGGUGUUCGACCGGGUGCGGGAGCUGGACCCGGAGAACGCGUCCAGGAUGAUGGGCCUGCUGCUCAUCCAGGACAACAGCGACAAGGAGCUCAUCCGCCUCGCCUUCGGCCCGGACCACCUGCUCCACGCCUUCGUCGCCACCGCGCGCGCCGAGCUCGCCGCCAACGGCAAGCCCGCGUCCCCGCCGUCGCCCGUGCUCGGCCCGCUGCAGACCGGCCCGCCCUGGGGCCUCCCGAGCCCCGGCGCUGGCGCCGACCACCACCACCACCAACACUCGCCCUUCGCCGACCACCAGCUCGGGUACGACGGCGCCGCCGCCGACGCGUUCUACGCCGACGACUACGACGUCUGGUCCCCCGCUGGCGGCGCCCACUGCCGCAGCUUCUCGCUCAGCGACGCCGAGGCGGCGGCCGCGUCGUGGAGGCCCUGCAUGUACUACGCGCGCGGGUACUGCAAGAACGGCUCCUCCUGCCGCUUCCUCCACGGCGUGCCUGAGGACGACGCCGCGGAGCGGGAGAUGGCCGUCAUGCGCGCCAAGGCCCUCGCCGCCGCGCCGCCGCCGCAGCUCAUGGCGUCCGCGUACCCGUUCUCGCCGUCGCCCAAAGGAGCUGGCGUCAGCCUCAGCUUCCUGCUCCAGCAGCAUCAGCAGCAGAGCGACACCCAAAGGGCGGCGGCGGCGGCGGGGAUGGUGCUCGGCGGCGAGGACAUGCACAGGUUCCCGGUGCGCUCCCCUCGGAUGGACCGCGGCGACCUCAUCGGCAGCCCCGCCGCGCGGCAGAUCUACCUCACGUUCCCGGCCGACUCCACCUUCAGCGAGGAGGACGUGUCCAACUACUUCAGCAUGUUCGGGCCGGUGCAGGACGUGCGCAUCCCGUACCAGCAGAAGCGCAUGUUCGGCUUCGUCACCUUCGUCUACGCCGAGACGGUGAAGGUCCUCCUCAGCAAGGGCAACCCGCAUUUCGUGUGCGACGCCCGCGUGCUCGUCAAGCCCUACAAGGAGAAGGGCAAGGUCCCCGACAGGUUCAGGAAGCUGCAGCACGCGCACCAUGGCGUCGGCGAGUUCGCCGGUUGCACGUCGCCCACCGGAUUGCUGGAUUCCAGGGACCCCUACGAUCUCCAGCAGCCCCAGAUCGGACCAAGGAUGAUGUACGGGAACAUGGCUAACCAUGAGGCGUUCCUGAGGAGGAAGCUGGAGGAGCAGCAGCAGGCGGCCGAGCUGCAGCAAGCCAUUGAGCUGGAAGGCCGCCGCUUCAUGGGGCUGCAGCUGCUUGACCUCAAGAGCAGGGGCCACCACCAUCUCGGGCUCGGCUCCCCCGUUGGUGCAGGUUCGCCCAUGUCUCUGGGGCAAGCUGAUGGCAAAGGCAGCGGCAACCACGGGAAUGGCGGCAAUGCCUCCCAUUUGGAGGAUGUCACCGGCAUCCAAGAGAGGAUGAGCAGUACUAGUAGCGUUGCAAUGAGUGCUCCUGCUGCUGCCUCUGCAACUGCUGAUGCAGAAGGCAAGCACGAGGAGCAGCAGGGAGAGGGUGGUGAUGGCAGCCCCAAGCAGAAGCAGGCAGUCAACCCUGGGGAAGAGGAGAAGGUGGAAUAUGGUCCUGUGACAGCAACACCCAAUGCUGCUUGUGGAUUCCAAGAAAGGUUUUCUCCUGGGCAUGAAGCCAUUGGGCUGUGAAUAGUGGAGCAAAAAGGGGUCUCCUUUCCUCUAAUCUGGGAGGAUUCACUAUGAUGGCCCCAUCAUCAAGCAAGCGUAGAAAAGCGUAGAAAAGCUUUUAACAAAUACUUUGGAGGUGUAUCUUCUUCUUCAGAGUGGAGGGAACAGCAACAGCAACAACAGAAGAAACAACAAGUCUAGGUUGUUUUAGCUCUAGGCCUAUAAUAAUAAGUACAUGAUAGUUAAGUAAGUACUAGUCAUCAUAAAUAAUAGUAGUAGUAGUCGUCGUCGUCGUUUAGUAGCUCCUACCGGUAUCUAUCAAGGAGAUGAUGAUGAAAGGUCCAUCUCGUCGUAUGCUCGUUUGUGGCAUGGAUCUCACUGUUAUGAUGAUGAUACUGGUAAUUAAAACUGUAGUAGAUGGUGUAAGGGGAUGUUUGGAUGCUA